CUAAUUAGAAUUUAGAAAUCAGAAAUGGAGGAUCGAUCGUGGGCAGAUCAGUGGGACACGAAUCCGUACUCAGAUCCUCCGCCGGAGGAAAAGAAGAAGAAGACCGCCGGCGGCCUGGUCCCGGCGGCGUGGGCGAAGAAGUUGGGGAAGACGGCGAAGUACGUUAAGGUCGGAGAAGAAGAAAUGGAGAAGACCAAGGCGGCGGCGUCCGCCGGCGCUAAGAAGGUUAAAGAAGGGACCUCCGCUGGGAUCCAAUGGAUUAAGGACAAGUGUCACAAGCCUAGCCGUUGAUAUAAAUCUCAUCCGACGGAUGAGAUUGAAAUUUGUUAUUUGGUUACUUGUUAGUUUCGCCGUCGGCGUAUCACGCGCCGGACAAUGAUAUACUGAUUUGGUGCGUCAUGAAUUUCAAGAAAAGUUUA